UUAUUUGUAAACAGUGAAAAUUGUGGGAAAUUCGGAUUGUGUGACACAUCUUGUCAGAAUUUCGUCCCUUCUGUGAAUUAAGAGGUGUCUGCAUCAGAGCAAGCCAUGGAGCCACGCCGAUCAAGUCGGCCUGUGAUCAAGCCAGUAAAGUUCUGGGAUUUUGAAAAGCCUGACUUUUCAAAGACUGAGCAAAUAUCUUACAGCAUCUCAGAACUUACAAGAACUUUUGUGCAGUCUUAUUCUUCAUCUAAACCCAAGAAGAAGUCCCAGGUCACAGGGGUAAAUCAGGAGAAACUGAAUCCUAAAAAUCACAUAUCCAAGAAGACAGUUCAGUCAGCAAAGCCUCGGAAACACCAGAAGGUGAAGAGCCAAGAUGAUGAAACAAAAGUCUUGAAGAAAAGGAAUGAUGAGACAACCACCAAAAGUCUACAAUCGACCAGCAACCUUGAUGCAACACCUCGGCCUCAAGAGAAAUCUUUAGCACGAAGGAAACUUGUCAAAGAUUUUAAAAAGAAAAUAAAAACUCACCAUAGUACACUUCAAACUGCAUCUAACUCAACAAUGUGCACUGUUUCAGUAAUGAAUGCCACAGACAUAAGCCGCCGCAGCGGAAGGGUAAGAGUGAAGCCUCUGGAGUUCUGGAACUUUGAGAAGAUUGAAGUGAAGAACACUGACGACGGCCAAGUGCAAGUGAUAAGUCGCAAGCAGGAUAUCCCUGACCCACGGAGGAGACGACUUUGGGAAAUGAAUGGAACGGUCACAGCUCCUGCUCUUCCCCCUCCUGUCCCAAAGCGGCAGAGUGCCGAUCCGAACGAGGACGCGAGCCCCAGGAAGAGAAGAAAGAGCAGAGAUGAUCCAGAAAAUGAUGUUGAUAAAGGAAGAAAAGGUCCCAAAAAAGUGGUUGAAGAAGACAAAGGGAAAGUUAAGCCUGAAGAAACUAUUCAAGAAAACUUGAAGGAAAAGAGAGCUGCAAAAGACACUGGGAACAAGGAACAAGAGGAGAAAGAGGACGAAAGCGGAAGUGAGGACAACGCGCAAGAAGAGAAGAGAGAGGAAUCCAAAGGAAAAGAAGGAGGAAGGAGAGGAGAGGAAACACCCCGCGAAGGAUCCUCGGAGUUGCAGGUGAUGAAAUUCAAGGACCUUUAUUUCCUGCACUACCUGAUGAAUGACUGCAACUGCUUCUUGGCUAAGAGCUUCGAGGACCCGAGGCGCGGGGUGUUUGCUGGCUUCAUUUUCCUGGAGGGGGGCAGUCUCCUGUGGCAGGCGAAGAAGGACAUGUUCAUUAAGGUCGUUAGCGGACGUGGAACACUGAAGAUGGUAAACACAGAGACAAUGGAAGGAAUACACAUGUCACUGAUAAAUAAAGAAAGUGCUACUAUUACUACAGGCACGAAAGUAGAAAUCAUCAAGGACCGAAGGUGUAAGAUGAUCAAGAUCUAUGUUGAAAUAAAGAGUACAAAUUUUAAGAGGAGAAAUGACUAGGUUGAAAACAACUCGCGAUACACGUAAAAUGAGAUUAUGAGUCCCCGCGAUGAACUGGUAGGAGACCUUUCAAAGAAGAAUGUACACAUGUAUCAUAUCCGCAUAGGAUGACUUCCUGUUUUAGAGAAAUGAUGACAGUCUAAAAGUACUAUUUUUCAUUUGUCGUCAAAUUUUGUUAACAUUUCUCAUAUCCACGUAGGAGGUCUUCCAACCCCAAAACAAAGAGAUUACUGAGUAACACUAAAAGAAAUGUUUUACCAUGAAUUUCUCGUGCUUUUCCACAGAAUGUUAUGGAGUUUUAUGGGAAAAAUGCUUUCGGCAUAAUAAAUCAUAACCUCGACGGUUUAUAUGUAAAAUAAUAGAAAUUAAAUUGAAAAUGGUAUUGUUAUGUGCUGAUCAACAUAGAUGGUACAUGAGAAACAGUAUAUUUUUAUAUUCCAGUUUUGUACAAUUGUCAGGUUUGUGCAUAUCACAAGUUACACUUUACUGAUUCCUUGAUUGUAUUAUCACUGAUUUUAUAGUGACAUAUGUUUCAGUACAACAUGGAUCAUUGCUAUUCAGAUUAAUCUGUUCUGUAAUUAUAAAUACAAUUAUUGUCUCUCUUUUCCAGCUGGCUCAUUCUGGGAAUAUAUGUGUGUCUUGGUAAUUAUAACUUCAUUCAAAUGUAUAAAAAUAACAGAAUGCCAUAAGAGUUAACCCAACCAACACGGAGUUACGUUCUGUCCCCUGUAGUUUUUGUAAAUUUUGUUACAUACAGAUGGCUCCACAUGUACUCAGCCGGCAAGGAGUCUAUCAGUAGGCCCUAGUGACCGAUCCUGAUUUCCCUAUUCCUUGAAUUAAUGG